AUGGGAAGUAAGUCAGUGUUGGAUCCAACUAACGACGAGGAAUCUCUAUCAAAUAGUAAAGUGGGUAGCUCUGGUCCUUUUCAGGUAGGAAGACUACACGUUCACUGGAUGGGCACACAUAGGCUGGAGGAUACAAGUGGACACAGUGUAAAUGAUCUUACUUCGAUGAACUGCGUGCCAACUACUUGGCUUUCCCAGUGCAUGAAGUUUAUGCUGUACCCACCAGUUGGGUCACAUUCUGCAAAUGGGAAAAAUCAAGAACCAAGUCAAUGGAGAAGUAAUGUAUUUAAAAGAUUUCGGUACCCAACCAAUUCUUGGUUCGAGUACGACGUUGUUCAAGUUUUCAACGCAUCAAAGCCAGGGAGUCAUGAUAGGGUCUAUAAGUCUGCGUCUGCAGCCAUGAAAGGCAGUAAAACUUUUGAAGAUCUGCUAAAGUCUGACAACGACGAGUGGAUGAGCCGGAAAAAAAAGGAAAAAGCAAGUGAAGUAAAAGAAGUGAAAGACGCUCCGGCUGCUGUUAUCGGCCACGGUGAUGAAGGGCAGUCAAUCUUACCUGACGCUGGUGGUGAAAUCAGUGCUGUUGUCGCCCGGGCAGUGUUUCCUUUGCUCUCAGAUAACUGGAAUGUUGACAAAGAUAGCAAUGAUGAAGAAACGAUCUUUCCACUUGAACCAACAUCUUGGGUGGAGCAGGGCGAACAGAGCGCAACUCCAGAGUUUCAUGGAACAAUGAUGAAUUUAGACACGCAUCAACUAUGCCCAUCUUUAUCGCCUUCAUUAAAUGGGCCGACAGGCAAUACGUCAACCAAUGGGACAACAGGUAUGACUUUCGACCAAUCUAUGAUGUUCCGUCUUCUUAAUGCCAUCGAACGGGUGACCUCGCUAGAAAAUGCCAUUGGUACCAUUGAAGCUAAUGUGUCCGCCACACUUGCAUUAAUUCUUGAAAAGCUUGGGGCAUUGGACCAAAAAAUUGAAGCAAUUCGUAAGGUCAAAGUCUACAAAAUGGCAGAAGUGGAUUUUGACUAUCAUAAGUCGGUGAUUGACACUCAUUUUAAAGAAUUGCCCGUAAAAUCCACGAAUGCAGUGGAGGCAAUUGAUUUUUCUUUGCAGGACAACACUUUAGCCAUAAGUCUGGUUUUCUUUUAUGUCGAGAAAUUUAAAACAGUUAAAACUGUCAACAAACUGUUUUAUCUGAUGCUGGACUUUCUGGUAUCCAAGGAAGUUAGCAACAAAAUGCAGUGGAAAAUGAUGCCUAGGGGCAAAGACAGCAGGCCCGGAAUGGCUGGCCUUUUCAAUCUAUUAGCCGUCUUCGGAGUGGCCGCAAGGACUUUUGCAAAAAAAAGGAGAACAGUUAAAUGAAGGAAGAAUACAGCAGCUCGUACGUGAUGCAAGGAAAACACACGCCCGAGAAUUUCGGGCAACAUCCCGUGGCAAUGAACAAGCAGCAGAUGAUGCACCUGCCACAGCAGCAGGAGCAACGCAAAUUCAAGACAACGAUGGCGUUACACUAAAAGAGUACAUCGACCGACUACAAGCACUAGUAAACGGUUUUAGCCGUUAAUUUCAUUUUGCGUUGCUACUGCUAUUUUUUACAUGUUAAACCGAUGUUUAGUUUACAUUCUUUUGGGUUUGUGAA